CAGUUUGGUGCUUUGAUAAUGUCAAAGAAGCGCGAGGUUUAGGGCGUAGAGAAAAAAGAGAGAAGAAAGAAAGAGGGGAGGAUGAUGAACAUUGCGAACGAUUUGCUGGAUGCCAUCCCGGCCUACACUGGCCUCUCGCCCACCGCAUUCUUCACAGUGCUGGCGCUGGGCGUGGCGCUAUGGCUUGUCGUCAGCUCCUGGUUUGCUCCUCCUCCCCCGCCCGCCUUUGCCCCGCGCGAGCCCCCGCCCCCGCCCAAGCAGCUGGGCGAGGUCACGGAAGAGGAGCUCAGCGCCUACGAUGGCAAGGAUGACUCCAAGCCGCUGCUCAUGGCCAUCAAGGGCCAAAUCUAUGACGUCUCCAUGUCCAGGGUUUUCUAUGGGCCGGGCGGGCCUUACGAGCUCUUCGCCGGGAAGGAUGCGAGCCGGGCGCUGGCCAAGAUGUCGUUCGAGCCCGAGGACUUGAACGGGAAUCUCGAUGGCCUCAGCCCCUAUGAGCUGGAAGCGCUGUCGGAUUGGGAGUACAAAUUCUCCUCCAAGUACAUCAAGGUGGGGGAGAUCAAGAAAGCAAUUGGCGAUGGCGAUGGCGAUGGCGAUGGCGAUGGCGUGUCAGCUCCCGUGGAAGACGAGAAGCCAGAGAAGAUCGCCGAUUAGGGUUCUUCGCGCAAGAUAGUCUAUUACUUUAUGCCAUGUUGGCAGUGACGUGGACAAUGAAACGUUGGGAUGUGAGUUU